UUAAAAAUUGAAAUUUGAAAAUAUGGAUAAAAUAGUUUUUGUAGUUUUUGCCACGCUUAGCUGCGUUUUAUUUGCAUCAGCAAUUGAAAUUGAUACUUAUGAUUUUUUGAUGCCCAAUGUUUGGCCACACAAGGAUGAACUCUACUUAUGCACGCCGAUCAGGAUCUCGCCGCACAGCAACUAUUACCUAGUGGGAUUUGAACCGAACGCGACGAUGCACACAGCUCAUCACAUGCUGUUGUAUGGAUGCUCAGAGCCGGGAUCCAAUGAGUCGGUUUGGAACUGUGGUGAGAUGCAGACUAACGACAUAGAUUCGCUGUACAACACUGCUAGUCCAUGCCGCUCCGGAUCUCAAGUCGUUUACGCAUGGGCUCGGGAUGCGCCAAGCCUACACUUGCCAAAAGACGUCGGCUUCCUCAUCGGAAAGGAUUCGCCUAUCAAGUACCUGGUUCUGCAAGUCCACUACAUGCAUCGUUUCCCAGAGGACAAAACCGACAACUCUGGAGUUUUCCUGAAAUACACAAAGCAAAGCAUGCCCCGUCAAGCUGGCGUGUUCCUACUGGGCACCAGUGGCGUGAUCCCGCCUCGUAAGGUGGAACACAUGGAGACUGCCUGCACCAUCAACGAGAACAAAGUCAUACAUCCCUUCGCCUUCCGUACUCAUACACAUGCUCUUGGAGUCCAAGUGACCGGUUACGUAGUUCGCCAAGACGAGAACGGUGACGUAUGGACGUUGCUCGGCCGCAAGAACCCGCAACUACCGCAGAUGUUCUACCCCGUCGUCAACACGCAGCCCAUCGAACGAGACGACGUGUUAGCCGCUCGGUGCAUCAUGAACAAUACACAUAACUACGCCGUGAAGAUUGGAGCAACAAACAAAGAUGAGAUGUGCAACUUAUACCUGAUGUAUUGGGUGGAGAACGACACUCCACUAAAACAAAAGUACUGUUUCUCUGCUGGCCCUCCCCACUACUAUUGGAACCGUGCUCGUGAAAACCUCAUGAACAUACCACCCAUCGAGAUUUAAAUAACCAACCAGAUCUUUUCACAACACUGACCAAAAAGGUGAGUUUGACAAAUGGUAAUGGAUAACGAGAUUAGAAUUUCAGUUCUAAUUGGAACUUUAUUUUAUAUG